GAUUGGCAGAGGGGGGUGGAGGACACUGAAUGGAGGCCAGUGAAGGGAUUGGCAGAAAGGGGUGGAGGACACUGAAUGGAGGCCAGUGGAGGGAUUGGCAGAGGGGGGUGGAGGACACUGAAUGGAGGACACUGAAUGGAGGCCAGUGGAGGGAUUGGCAGAGAGGGGUGGAGGACACUGAAUGGAGGCCAGUGUAGGGAUUGGCAGAGAGGGGUGGAGGACACUGAAUGGAGGUCAGUGAAGGGAUUGGCAGAGGGGGGUGGAGGACACUGAAUGGAGGUCAGUGAAGGGAUUGGCAGAGGGGGGUGGAGGACACUGAAUGGAGGCCAGUG